UGGUUGAUAUCUGUGCUGGGGCACAUGUUGCCAGGCUCUGGGAGCGCGCCCUCCAUACCCUGAUCCGCUGUCUCUCUCAGAUGGAUUUCCUUGCUAUGAAGAAGUGAGUUGGAUUGUAUAAGGUCAGCCAUACCUAAGUGUUGGAAGAGUUGAUGUGGAUGUUGAAGGAUCAACAUUGUUAGAAGAUGACAACAGAAGAGGUGGUUGUAGUGGCCAAGUUUGAUUAUGUGGCUCAACAGGAUCAAGAAUUGGACAUAAAGAAGAAUGAGCGGCUGUGGCUUCUGGAUGAUUCAAAAUCCUGGUGGCGUGUCCGCAACGCUAUGAACAAAACUGGAUUUGUGCCUUCAAACUAUGUGGAAAGGAAGAACAGUGCACGAAAAGCCUCCAUUGUUAAAAAUUUGAAGGACACACUGGGUAUUGGAAAAGUAAAGCGUAAACAAAGUAUGCCUGACUCUGCUUCUACAGCAGAUGAUGGUUUGCCAGAUGCUGAACGGCUGUAUGACCUGAACUUGCCUGCUUACGUGAAGUUUACAUACACCGCAGAGAGGGAGGACGAGCUCUCCCUGGUGAAGGGCACCAAGGUCAUUGUUAUGGAAAAGUGCAGCGACGGCUGGUGGAGGGGGAGCUACAAUGGACGUGUAGGAUGGUUUCCUUCAAACUAUGUAACAGAAGAGAACGACAGCCCUUCCGGAGACCAAGUUGGUACAUUGACUGAGAAACUGGCGGCUGUUGUCAACAAUCUUAACAAUGGGCGAUCACUUCAUGUGGUCCAGGCUUUAUACCCAUUUAGUUCCUCUAAUGAGGAAGAGCUCAACUUUGAGAAAGGAGAAGUCAUGGAUGUGAUCGAGAAGCCAGAAAAUGAUCCUGAGUGGUGGAAAUGUCGGAAGAGUAACGGCCUUGUGGGUUUGGUACCAAAGAACUAUGUUACUAUAAUGCAGAACUUUCAGCCCACUCCAAGUGUUGAGCCUUUACCACCACGUUGUGACUACAUUGGACCUUCUGCAUCUGGAAGGUUUGCAGGGAAUCCAUGGUAUUAUGGAAAGGUGACAAGGCAUCAAGCAGAAAUGGCUCUCAACGAACGAGGAAAUGAAGGCGAUUUCCUUAUCAGGGACAGUGAAUCUUCGCCGAAUGACUUUUCUGUUUCACUGAAAGCCCAAGGGAAAAACAAGCAUUUCAAAGUGCAGAUGAAAGACUGUGUGUAUUGCAUUGGCCAGCGCAAGUUUUCCAGCCUGGAGGAGUUGGUAGAACAUUACAAAAAGGCCCCAAUUUUCACCAGUGAGCAAGGGGAAAAACUCUAUCUAAUCAAGGCCCUGUCAUGAGGAUACAGCACGGGACAUGGACUUCCCACCGACCAACCAAACAAUUUUGGUGCAUUCUCUGAAAUACCUAAAAAUAUGGGACAGAAGUCAAUGAAAGGACCAAAGGCUUCACCGGGCCCGACUGUUAAGAGCACCUUCUCUAUUCUUAACUGCCAUGUGAUAUUUCACCAUUAUGAAUUGGAUUAUACGUUAUUACUGAUUGUUUUCUCACUCUUUGUACCCUGUUACUGCAACUUUAUACAGACUGGUUGCCUCCUCUGCACUUGGAGAUAUGGCUGUAAUUUACUCAGAACGAGCCCUUCACCGUGAUACAUUUCUACAUAUCACUUAUCUACAAGCUGCUUCAUGUGUUUAUUUGUUGUCCUUUAUUCUCUCUUGAACUAUUCAUUUAAAAGCAAUCAGCUUGGACAUUCUUCUACAAAUAUUGGUUUUAAUGGUUCUUCGUGAUAUUUCAUAUUUAUUUGUUUACAAACCAUGAUAGUCUUUUUUUAGGUUUAUUGCUGGUCCAGAUGGUUUUUAAUGCGCCAGAUCUUGUGAGUGCACGAAAGUGAGAGUUUCAAGGCUAAGACUAGUGAAUAUAAGUGUGCGACCUGUUCCAUAAAACAAAAAUCUUGAUA